CAACCCCGAUCAGCUGCCUCUUCCUCCACGCCUUUCUCCGGCUUCUCUCCCCACCCCGCAAAAGCAAGUAGGGAAUAUUCAGAUCUCUUUUCUUGCCCCAGUUCUCCCCAUCACCAGCAAAGGGUGGUCUGAAAAACUCAAGCGUCUCCCCAAAAUAGAACAGAACAGAAUAGAAUGGAGCAUUCGCACUAUUUCCAAAUAACUCUGGCAACAGCUGGGAUGCUUUGGGUCUUGCUGGUCGGAGGGAUGGAUUUGCAAAGGCAGGAAAGUUUGGUGCUGAAAUCUCUGGGACUCACGACAAGGCCCAGACCCAGAUCUCCACCUCCCGUGCCCCAUCUGCUCUGGAAGAUGUUCCACAAGAGAGCCAACCUCUCUCCGGCUUCCGAGGAAGGGAAGACGCCUUGCUGGGUGGAAGAAUUCAGGGUACCUGGGAAUAUCAUCCGAGUCUUCCCAGAUCAAGGCCGAUUUAUCCACAGCGACAAGCCACGGAGUUGGCUGUGCCUCCAGAAGCGGCUGUACUUCAAUUUCUCCACCCUAGACAAAGGGGAGCAGGUGACGAUGGCGCAGCUCCAGAUUCGCUUCCACCACAACCAGUACCAGGUCGCCAGUCCGGGCCACCCUUUGGAGCUGAGCCUGUACCAGGCCUCCCAGGCAGCUCUGCGAGGGAUGUCCUCGCAUGCCUACAGCCGGAAGCUCUUGGUGGAGCAAAGCUUCAUCCAUCUCCACAAGUCCUUUGUCUUCAACCUGACUGAGGCAGCAAAGAUGUGGCAAACCCCUGCCAAGAACCUGGGCUUGGUGCUUGAAAUCGCUGGCGGGAAGCUUUGCUCUGGUGCAGAUUCCUUCCUUGACACCUCCCUCCUUGUGGUCUCCCUGGCGCACAGACAGUGCGGGAGCACCCGGAAGCGGCGGAGCACCUACUAUGUCCCGACAGCCACCAGCAACGUCUGCAAGCCACGGCGGCUGUACAUCAGCUUCCGUGACGUUGGCUGGGAAGAGUGGAUCAUUGCCCCGCAGGGUUACCUGGCCAACUACUGCCUGGGCGAGUGCCCCUUCCCACUGGCUGAAGACCUCAACAGCACCAACCAUGCCAUUCUGCAGACAGUGGUGCACUCCCUCGACCCCGAAGGGACCCCCCAGCCCUGCUGCGUCCCUGUCCGCCUCUCGCCCAUCUCCAUCUUGUAUUAUGACAACGACAACAACGUUGUGCUGAGGCACUAUGAGGACAUGGUGGUGGACGAAUGCGGGUGCCGGUAAAACGGGGGUGGGGGUGGGGUGUUCCCUGGCGUGGCUUUGUUGCGGUGGGGCACUCACGCAGUGGUGUUGGCCAGCCUCUCCCUGCUGUAGCUCUGCACUGAGAACCAGAUUAUCCUGCAUUCAUGGCCCCUUGGGCUUUAGAUG